CACCGGUUAAAGACGCCCACAUCACUGAUGUUUAUGAGCUGUCCUGGUCCCAGCUUCCCCUAUUCCGCGGCAGAGUUUGGUACUAGAAUCAUAAGUAUAUGAGCAGGUGGAUGACAGUAUAGUUGUAAUUACCAUGUAUGGAACCCUAUUUGGAUGUCCAGAGAAGCUUGUUCUCACGGUGUGCUGCUUAGAAUCAUCGACUUGCCAAAUUUCCAACGUUGAACCAUUCAAGCUCGAUCGGCAUCAACGUUAGGAGUGAAAAGAUGGCACAAAAGCUACACCCUCAAGCCCGAAGGCUACGAACCAUCAUAGUAACGGUGCCCAUCAUGGGGGCAACUGCACUGGUCUUGUAUGAGCGCCUUGUGCUUGGAAAGCCUCAACGAACGCUUCCUCGACCAAACAGGGACGAAGUUCCCAGAGAGCCCGAAAUCCUAGCCGAGGCAGCGGAAAAAAUCGGAGAACCAGAGCCUCGAGUGUGAUGCGUUGAUGUUUUAUGUCAUAUGGAGAGACGAACUAUGCUCUAGUAAAUGGUCGAUUAAA